AUGCGUCUCGGAUCAGCCGGCCUCGCGGCCCUACUCUGGUCCUCCUUGACCACCGCCUUUCCCUUCGUUGAUAAUGGCAGCAAACCCUUGCCUGUCCUCCGACCUCGACAAACCGGCACCGGCUCGACGCCAACCUCCACGACACCCGUAGCCACGACCUCGGCAGCCACGACAGCAGAGACCUCAGCCGCGGCAGAGGCCACCACCACCGUUACCAUCACGACUACCGUGGGCGGCGGCGGCGGAGGAACAGUCACGUCGACCACAGUUUUCUUGCGUACAGUUACCACUACUGUGGUCGUCACGUCCACGACCUUCCAGACCACCACCAUUACCAGCAACGAUGUCGCGACCGCUACCGUUACUAACUAUGUCACCUCUACUGUCCUUGCCAAGCGCAGUCUCAACUUCCUUCCCGCCCUCGACGCUCCGUUCGACGCCCCUGCUGCGCAAAUCACACCCGCCGCCGAAGGCAACGAUCUUCGAAGACACGGCGUCAUCGAGAAGCGCGCUCUCGUCACCGUGACCGUCACCAUUUCCGGCUCGGCAGGCGCUGAUUCGACUGUUCUUGCCACUCGAACUAGCACCGUUCUCCUUACCACGACCUCGAACACAAUUCUCACCUCCAUGGUCACCAGCACUCUUUUCAACAACGCCCAGACCACAAUCACUGUUGAGUCUACCUUGACCGUCACUUCCACGUCCAUCGACACCGCCGCGCCCACCACCGUCGACAGCGGCCCGACGACCGGCAGCCUCGGCACUGCCACCGCGACCGGCGGCGCGCAGAGCACAGGCGGCUCGAGCAGCGGCGGCCUCUCCACCGGCGCACAGGCCGGAAUCGGUGUUGGUGUCGGUAUCGUCGGACUCGCUGCCCUUAUUGGAAUCGGAUACUGGCUCUACAAGCGCCGCAAGGCCAACCGCCCCUCCCGCGCCGACCUCGACGACAUGCGCGCCUACGACCCCAACGGCCCCGGCCUCAGCGGACCUAGCGGAGGAAUGUCCGAGACGGGAGCUGGAUAUGGUGGUGCUGCAGGCGCCGCUGCGCUCGGAGCGGGAGCGGGAACGCAGAGACGGCAGCCCGUGCCCAAGCACCAGCUCUCGCCGCCCUCGCAGAGCGUGAGCCCCAUGACGAACAGCACUGUCUCGCCCGCGGGUGCCGGAUAUGGAUCCCGUCCGCCAACGGGUGGCGCGCAGGAGUUGGGCGGAACGAGGAUUCUACCCGCAGAGAUGGGAGGAGAUGAGGUCGUUGAGAUGGGUGAAUCGCAGCCCAGGCCGCAGCAGCCGCCGCAACAACAGUCGAGACCUGCACCGGGGAUGGCGUAUAAUUCGGGUCCCGUACCGGAUGUCUACGAGAUGCCUACCGAGAGGUAUCGGUAA